AUGAAUGUAUUGAAAUCUAUUACAAAAUAUUGGAGGCGUAAACCUGAUAAAAAAUGUAGAAUUGGUGAUCUGGAAGGUCUUGUUCAUAAGAGUGAAGAAAAAUGUCAAUCGCUUUCAAUUAUUGGCAUGAAGGUGGAUAUUUGUAAAUUGUAUGGUCACAAUGAAGAGCGACCAUCUAAAUGUAUAGGUGAAUAUGAAGGAAAUAGUGGAUAUGUUGAAAUUUCGAAAUCACAAUGUGUAGGUGGAGUUGACUGGACAAAGAAAAUUAAAAAGAAAUGUGAAAGCACAGAAAAUACUGAAAUAGUCACUUCAAUGAUGACAUUUGAAUCAAUUAUCAUGGGUUAUAUCUAUUUUGGCAAUAGUGAGACUAUUCGUACACUAAAUAACGAAGUUUGGAUAAGUUAUGACCAAGGAUUUAUAUGGAAAAUGCCCUCAUUUAUGGAAAAAGAACAUUAUAUGACUAUUGAUUCUGGAGCCAAUUUCAUUAAACUUAGUGUUGAAAUGAAUCCUAAAUUGCUUCAAAUACCUGUUCUUGAUUUCCAUCCUGUUAAACCAGACUGGUUAAUUUAUACAGGAAGUGUAGACUGUGAGUCUAUUCUUUCACCCAAUUGUCACGCAGUUGCUUAUUAUACAACAACGAAUGGACAAUCUUGGACAGAAUUAAACAAAUAUGUGAAAGUUUGUACAUGGGCAAGAGAUGCUAAAUUUAAGACAUCGGACACAUUGAUAUUUUGCGAAUCAUAUCUUGAAAAAUCAGGUUCACAAUUCUCAUUUAUCAACAAUCCACUUCGACUUAUCUCUAGUACAGACUAUUUCAGAUUAGAAAAUAAUAAUAAUAAAUUAUUUGAUAACAUUAUUGGUCUUGCCACCUUUGAAGAAUAUAUGGUGGCAUUUACUGUUUUAGAAUCUACCACACAUUCAAUCAUACUUCAUGUUACCACAUCAUCGUUAAUGAAUAAUCAAUGGGGAAACAUUUUAAAAUCUAAUUAUAACAGAACUUACCAUUCACUUUCAUUGGAACAUGUUAAUCAUGAUGUUUGUGGAUUUGUUGAUUUUGAGAAAAUGAGAGGAAUUGUUGGAAUUUCAAUGGCAAACAUUGUUGGUAAUGUUCAUGAAGUUAAUAUGGGCAAUAAUAAAAAAUUAAAAUCUAAAAUAACAUUUAAUGAUGGAAACACAUGGAGCUUUUUAAAUCCUCCUAAAGAAGAUGCAAAUGGUCGAAAAUAUGAAUGCAAUGAUUGUAAUUUGCAUCUUCACAGUUAUACAGAAAGAAGAGACCCUCGUGAUGCAUUCAGUAGUAGUACAGCUGUUGGAUUAAUGAUGGGUGUAGGGAAUGUUGGAGAUUAUUUAACCCCAUACUCGGAGGGUAACACUUACCUGACAAAUGAUGCAGGAUUCACAUGGAGAGAAGUCAAAAAAGGUGCUUAUAUGUAUGAAUUUGGAGAUCAAGGUGCAAUUAUAGUUAUAAUGGAUGAUAAGUCACCUACAGAUCAUGUAUUGUAUUCAUUUGAUGAAGGCCAAUCAUGGUCUGAAUUUAAAUUUUCAACUGAACUUGUCAGAGUACGUGAUAUUGCUACAGUACCUGGUGGAAUUAGUAGGAGGUUUAUCUUGAGAGGUAGCCCUCAAAAUAACUAUAACAAAGAAGUAAUAAUUCAUCUUAAUUUUGAAGGCAAGCUUUCAAGAAAAUGUAAAUUGGACAUGAAUGAUGAUGAGAAUGAUGAUUUUGUUUUAUGGUAUCCUACUCACAUAGGAGGAUCAGAAAAAUGUUUGUUUGGUCCUGAGAGUGGAUAUCACCAUAGAAUAGUUGAAAAGAACUGUUAUAUUGGCAACGAACUUAUUCAACCUAAAACAAUUGAUAAGGAUUGUGUUUGCACCAUGCAUGACUUUGAAUGCGAUUACAAUUAUGUCCAUAAAAAUGGUAGUGAUAAAUGUGAAUUAUUUCCUGGUGCCCAGCCUUUGGCUGAAGAUCCAAAUGAUAUGUGUUCUAGUAGUGAUCAUUAUUAUAAAUCAAUAGGGUAUAGAAAGGUUAAAAUGAGCUCAUGUAAAGGGGGCGAAGAGAAUUAUAUGGGUGAAAAAAUACCAUGUCCUGGACGAAUAGUUGGCUCAACAAGUUUCUGGGUAUUCUUUAUUAUUGUAAUAUUUAUUUCUGUAGGAAUCACGACAGCAUAUUUAAUAUACAAAAAUGGUGGAGGUUCAAGAGGUCAUAUUCGUCUUGGAGAUACAUAUCACAGUUCUGGAUCAAUUUUAUCAACAAUCAAAGAUAUUUUUUACUCGAUCAGAGUGCCAAGAUCUGUUUCAAGAUUUUUCUCGAAACUUUCUAUACCAGGUUUUGGUUCUAGAUCUGCCAAUAGAUAUAAUUAUAGUCCAGUUUCUCAAGAUGAAUCACAUCAAGUUUCAUUAGAAGAUUAUGAUAAUGAUAAUUAA